CCUCCUCCGCCCCACUGAAAUCCGCCCCAGCGCUGCAAACCGACGCACGCACAAACACAGAUGACAACGAAAAAUAUUUCGAGCUAUAUCUAACAUAACGCUUUUAAGCUUGACAAAAAUAACAAAACAGCGAAGAAAAGAUGUUCCGAACGAGGGAGCCGUUCGAGAGCGAGAAGCUUCAACUCCAAGAGCUCAACCAAAGACUCAGCCAGUACUUACUUCGCUCAAAACAGUUGGAGCAAGAAAACGCCUGCUUGACAAGCGAAAUCAAUUCAAUCCGACAAAACCGGUCUGGAGAAUGGGAAAACAAACACAUGUCAGAGUUACGGGAUAUGAGAAGACUGAUGGAGCGCCUGUCCUUCGAGAAAUGCAGAGCGGAGAUGGAGCGAGAGAAACUGCGCAAUGAACUUCAGAUGCUUCAGGCGAUGCGCUCGGAUGAGGCUGCGGUGAGCAAAAGCAUCGAUGCCGAAGUUAAAGGGUGCGAGAGGCAGCUCCAUCACUCUCUUCAGACAAACGUUGGGCUGGAGGAUCGGCUCAUUCAGCUCGAAAACGAAUACAAGUUUUUGGAAGGUACCCACAGGAAAGAAGUGAACCAUCUACGGGACCAGGUGCGGUCCCGCGCCGUGCGCGUUGUCACGCAAACGUAUCACGCUCCUCCGGUUACGAUGGACGAGAUGCAGCACUAUGCUGCUAACUUUACCGAAAGCUGCCAGGAGACCUUGGACAUGUAUCGAUUACAGGUGCAAGAAAUCGAGGAGUCUAUUAAAGCCGAUCAGGCGAUGCUGCAGGACAUUCAGCGGGAGAAGAAGGAACACGCUGCACAGUUUAAUAGGCUGCGCGAAGAGAUCGAGAAGCAAACGCAAGUGCAGUUGCACCUCGAGGAGAAGCUCAUGAACACGCAAGAACAAUUCAGAGCUGAAGUCAAUCAGUAUCAGGUUAUUAUUGAGGAUCUGGAGUAUGAGCGCAGACUGCUCUCCAACACUAUAUCAGAGAAGCUAAAGGACCAUCAGGAUCUCUUACAGGUCAAGAUGGGUCUCGCUCUGGAAGUGGCUGCAUACAGGGCACUUUUGGAAGAAGAAGGAAGACACGCUCAGAUGUGGUCCAGUCAGCAUUCAAGAGAAAGAACAAUAGAUAUUAAAAUGCCACCCCAUCCCUAUACUCCAAGAGUCUCCACUAUGCCAGCAAGUUUGCACAAUACAAGAAAACAAUUCACAGGAUAUGAUGUUAAAUACAUGGAGCCCAUUUCCAGCAUGAGAACUUCAGCUGUUUCAAGCCAGUUUCAUUCUCAAGUGCCCUCCAGGAUAGUGCCCAUCACUGUAUCAAAUCGUGCCCAGCAAAGUCCAGCUUCAAGAAGAGACAUGAUUGCUUUUACCAAAGCAGCGCAGGCAGCUGCAAAACCUAGUGUCUCUUCUCUUGCGACAAAGAGAGAAAUAGAUGUCGGAAUUAAGAGAAAGGAGGUUUCACAGCUUUCUUCAAAAAGCCUAGCUGAUCAUUCACCUCCCAGAAUUGGAAGUACGUCCAGCUCUCCUGCUUUACAAACCGCACAGCCGAAGCCAGGGAAAGGGGUAUCAAGCAAGAGUGAAGCCACCAUUGAAGAAAGCCACCAGAAAGAACCAAAGAGAAUGGAGUCCAAACAAGAUACUAAACUAGAAACAGACAGAGCCAAAGCAACUAUGAAAGAAGAAACACGUCACAUCCAAAUGAAAGAAUCAAAAGGUAAAGAUGAGAGAGAGUCUGAAAAUGGAGAGCAUAAGGUAUUUGUAGGUAAGGAAAAGGUAUUAGAUGUAGUUUCCAUGGAAGAUAUAAUUCAGCAGGUGAUGAAACCUGCUGGUUUGGAUCCUAAGGUUUGCUCAUCCCCUGACGCCAGAAUCACAUACCAUGUGGAGAAAACUGAGCAAGAGGAUGGAACCACCAAAACUCAGAUUGUCUUACAAUCUAAAGUGGAGGAGGAGCUAGACCUGGAGGAAGAUUCAGCCCUAGAGGAAUUCCUCAGCAAGGAAGUCAAGAAAAUCACCCUGGAGAACAUUAAAGGAACCCCAACGGGAAACAUGAUCGAGAACCUGCUGAGUCUUGGCCUUGAAGGAGAGAGUUUGGAAAACAGGACUGUGAAUGUGGAGAUAAUAGAAGAACCUGUCGAGUCUGAAAGUGGUGAGGGUGAAAUUGAAAUAGGGGAGAAAAUGGAGAUUAAAUCUAAACCAAAGAUCAAACCUUCUUCAAUGUUCUUCCAAAUCGAGGAGCUGGAAAGUGACACAAAGCCUCAUGAGGAAAAACCUGAGACGAAAGUCGAGAACAGCUCUGUGAAGGUUCAAGAAGUAACCAGAGAGGAAACUUUACCGUAUUUCUCCCACGGUCAAGAGUCGCAAGAAUACUUUGUGUCCACACCUGAGGAUAAUAUGUCUGAAUCAGAGGAGGGGGGGAGGUUUAUGUCUUAUACUCAUUAUGGAGUCGUGGACGAUCUGUCCGAUGAGAGAUAUUAUCAGGAAGAGGAGCUCAAAAUGCCCACAGCUGAGGGUCACAGUUACAGAGAUUCACCUGAGUAUGACGACCACUCAUUUAGCAUCCCCGAAUGCAUCGAGGAGGAGGUGCAUGUCUCUCCAACACUGCAACAAUCCAUUGUAGAGAUCCUAAGAGAGGAAUCAUUAAGUCCAGAACAACAGCUUCGAGGAGCUUUAGAACAAAUCCAAGAGACUGUUUCUGGAGCCUUAAAGGAAGAACUUGCGUUUUUCACAAAAGGCAGAGAGACGCCUGAAAACGUCUCCGUGGACAUUACGGACAACGGAACCAUGACCAUUGUGGCAGAGCUUAACGUAUCUCAGACGCUGGAGGAGUCCGGGCUGCUCGAGGAACAAGAAGACGAUCCAUCUGAAGAGCAGAUAAUGGCAGCACUGAGCUCCGCCCACCCAAAUCUCCAGCAGGCCCUGAGCGCUGGAGCCGGAAAGGGAUACACUAUGAAAGUGUCCCGAGAGGAGAUUCAAACGGAGGGAAUGCCGUGGAUGACAAGCGAAGAAGAGAUCAGAUCCUGGAGUCCAACUGAUGAGGUCAGCAAGACAGAGAAACACAUCAAGCUGGGUCCUACUGAGAGAUCCUUCACUUUUCAGAUGGAUGUGAACAACGGCUCAUCAGCAUCGGCAAGCGGAGGAGUCGGUGAAGCUCAAGAGCAAAGAGGAAAUACAGAGUUUCUGCAGACCCAGAUGAUUGACCCCCAUUUGAAGGUCUGCCACGAGAAAAGAAUCGCAACUGUUUAUCUCGAAAGCCCCAAAGAUGAGUAAGC